AGUUACGCGUCGGAACGGAUCCGUUGAAUAGCCGCCAAAGCGCGCUUAGAUGCAGCAACAGCCAACUUGGCCAAGAAGAGCCGAUCAGCCAACAGCUAGCGACGGUUUUAUCCCCCUCACAAGAAACGGCAAAACUAACAGAUAACCGCAAAAAUUACAACAACAAAAAACUCAAAAAGGUAUUGCACAAAAAACGUAAACAAACUUUUCUCGGGCAAUACUGAUAAAGAGUAAAAGUGGAACAAAUAAAAACUUUUUACAACAUAAAAAUAAAAAGCAAACCCAAAACAGUGCUCAUUUGAUAUCAAACUUGAUAGCCUUUAAAGUGCUCACACAAAACAAACAUAAAUACAAAUCAAAACAAAGCGUAAGCAUUUAAAAAACAAACAAAUCUAGAAAAGAAUCCCCCAUAAAGUUUGAAAACCUAAGCUACUUAUUUCUCUCGUUAAACUUCAAAUCAAACAAGGUUCAUUCUUUGUUGAAUCGAAGAAUCGAAAGGUAGUAUAAGUAUCUUAUCAAUGAAUGGAAACCAAACAACACAAGUCAACAUAAACUAGUGAUAUCCCAUUUGUAAAGUGUUCGUCAAACAGAUUCGGUUACGAAAAUCAGCUCAAGAUCAUAAAAGUCAACAAAUUCAACAUUUUAUGGCAUUUCGAAAAGUGGAAUUCAUAAGCGACAGCAACAAACUAUAAACAUAUAUUAUCCCGAUGAUUUGGUAGUAUAUUCCGCAUAUAUGCUGCCAUCAAAUAUUUGAUUCCAAUCGCCGGGAAACGGAAAAUUCAAAGGAAAUGCAGAACUCUUCGAGCUCGACGCAUCUUAAACUUCGCACCACCACCAGUUCUAGCACCACUAGUUCCAGCACCACACAGUCCGCCCGCCGGCUCGAGGGCCACAGAUUGAGGCACCGAGGAAGCCCGGCUCCGUCUGCGAUAUGAUGGAACGUCUGUCCACGCACCUGUCGCUCACCGGCCUCUCGCUCGCUCAUCCCCUGCAGACUCACCUGGGCUCCGGUGGCGGAUCGCACCACCUGGGCCAGUUGGCGGCGGCAGUGCACCAUCAGCAGCAACAGCAGCAGCAGCAGCAGUCCGACCAGGGUCUGGGCCACUCGCACCACCUGCACGGCCAGCAGUUGUCGCUGAGCCACCAGCACCACCACCCCCACCAGUCUCCGCAACAUCAGCAGCAGCAUCAGCACCACCCGUGCAGCAGCAACAGCAGCAACGGAUCCCCGAACGGCUCCUCGGGACUGGGCCUGCAUCCCCACUCGGCGCUCCAUCUGGCGCACCACCACUCGCAGCUCCACCAGCACCACUCGGCGGGUCAGCAGCAGCAGCAGAGCCAGCCGGCGGUGUCCUCAUCCUCGGGCUCCCAUCACAGCCAGUCGCAGUCGUUGAGCCACCAGCCCCACAGCAACGGCAGCUCACAACUGGGAUCCGGGUCUGGCGGUGCUUCGGCCAGUGGUUCGGUGGCAGGCGGUGCGGCCAACAGCCACCACAGUGCUCCAGCCUCCAGCAGCGUGAUGGCCGCCGCAGCAGCCGCCCACCUGCACCACAAUUCGCAGGCGUCGCCCAUCAGCAAUCUGCACCAGAACAUGGGCAGCCUCAUGAACAGUGGCAGCAGCGCCAGCGAUGUCUUCUUCAGUCUGAUGAUCCAGAACACAACGAAGCGCCAGAACGAGGAGCACAUAAAACGUCCAAUGAAUGCGUUCAUGGUCUGGUCGCGUCUGCAGCGGCGUAAAAUAGCUCAGGAUAAUCCGAAGAUGCACAAUUCUGAGAUUUCCAAGAGGCUUGGUGCCGAGUGGAAGUUGCUCACGGAGGAGGAGAAACGUCCGUUCAUCGAUGAGGCCAAACGUUUGAGGGCCAUGCACAUGAAGGAGCAUCCGGACUAUAAAUACCGACCGCGACGAAAGCCGAAGGCCCUGAGACGCGAUGGCUAUCCCUAUCCAAUGCCAUAUCCAUCUGUGCCCGUCGAGGCGUUAAGAGCGGGCAUUACGCCCGGUUACUUUGCGCCCGGUCCCACAGCGGCUGCCUAUCACCUGGGCAGCCAUCUCGGCCAGACAUCGACGCCGACCACGACGCAGGCAACCUUAUCCGGUCAGAUGGACAAGUUCGCCUUGGAGCGCAGCUCGUAUUUGAGCAACUCGUCGCAGGCGAGUGCCUACAGCGCCUAUCUGGACCCCAGUGUGCUCACCAAGGCCUAUUUCGACUCCAAGAUGUACCAGGAUCGGGCGGCCAACUAUGCCUUCGACAUAUCCAAGAUCUAUGGGGCCCAGCAGCAUGCGGCGGCCCACCACCAGCAGCAACAGCAACAGCAGCAGCAGCAGCAACAGCAGCAGCAGCAACAGCAGCAACAGCAACAGCAGCAACAGUUGCUGCUCAGCGGUGGCGGCGGGGGUAGCGGUGGGGGCGGUAGUGCCAGUUCGCACAACAACAACAGCAGCAGCGGACUGGAUGACCGCGAUGCCACGCCCCAAUUGGAGGCGGUGGAGGCUAAGCCGCAUCUGCAUUCACCCAGCGAUGUGGGUCUGGACUAUGCCCAAUAUGCCCAGCAAUAUGGCGGUCAAUUGGCCUCCGCAGCGGCAGCGGGUGGUGCUGUGGGUGGGGCAGCCGCCGGCGGUGGGUCAGCAGGCGGUGGGGGAGGUGGUGCCACCGCAGCGGACUUCCGGCGACCGCUGACGGUGAUCUUCUGACCACCAUCUUCCAAUGGCAGCGAGGAGUUGAACUUGUCUAUGACCUAGGAGAAAUAAAAGCAAGGCCAAGAUCCUCAAUUCGUUUGCAAUUCUAAUGGGCCAGAGAAGCCUGUUCAUUUUCCGGCAAGAUUUCAAUCUUAUUCCUUUCCAAGCUAAGUAAAAUAUAAAUACUAAAUAAAUUAGUCUAGAGUUUUUGGAAAAUUCAAAUUUAACCAAAUUUAAAUGGAAUUGCCGACGAGAAACGAGGUGAAUUACCCCCGUAAUGAAUAUAACGAAAUGGGUAUAUCGAAUAAAACCGAAAAUGCGAGAUUAAAGUUAAACGUAGCCAACAUUUACAUGUAAGUCUCCAGUUGUAAACUAAACUUAAGCUUUGUUAAAAUAGAGUGGACAAGCAAAUGGAGGGAAGACCGAGAGAUAGAAAAGAACAGAUUGAUUUAGAGAGGCAAAAUCACUUAGCAAAAACAACAACAAAAUUUCAACAAAUUGAAACAACAACGAGCGGUGCAAUUUUUUUAUGUUUUAAACGCAG